CACCCCUCGACCAUGGACAAUGGGGGCCGAACCAGACGCAUUGCUAGUAUAUAAAUCCGACUACCAGCCACCAGAACUUUACAUUCAGUCAAAACGUUCAGUGACUUCAACGCACUCAACAACCAAAAAAAAAUCUUAUUUAUUCGCCAUGGCAUACCAAACCGUCACCGUCUUCGCCUGCGUGCUCGCCACCGCACUCGCCGCCCCGGCUUACCCGGCUCCAGCUGCUUACCCAGCACCCGCCGCCGCAUACCCAGCACCCGCUUACUCGGCACCCAAGGCUUACGCCCCGGAGCCCGCCUACGCCCCAGCCCCAUACAACUUCGAAUACAGCGUACACGAUGACGCCACAUACGACAUCAAGAGCCAAUCCGAAUACAGCGACGGUAACGGAUACGUCAAAGGAUCCUACAGCCUGGUCGAACCCGAUGGCACCAAGAGAAUCGUCGAAUACACCGCCGACGACUACAACGGUUUCGUCGCCGAAGUGAAGAAAGAAGGCACACCGUCUUACAGCUCCGCCCCGGCCUACAAGCCCGCGUACAAGGCCCCAGCUUACCCAGCUGCCCCAGCCUACCCAUCGGCCCCAGCUUACCCAGCAGCCGCCCCAGCCUACAAGCCAGCUUACUCCGCCCCGGCAUACUCCGCACCAGCUUACUCCGCCCCGGCUUACUCCGCCCCGGCUUACUCCGCACCAGCCUACACCACACCAGCCUACCCAGCUGCCCCAGCUUACGGAUACUCCACCCCGGCCCCAGCUUACGGACACGCCGCCCCAGCCUACAAACAAUCGUACGCUGCCCCAGCAUACAAACAAUACUAAUUUAUUGUGAAUUAUAGAAACAAAUAAUUUAUUGUAUUUUUGUGUAAAUAAAAUUUCAAAUUGUCAAC